UACGAUUUUGUAACAGACUUGGCAGUCCAACAUUUUCACGUUCGACUGUCUUCCUGAGUUUGCCUUUAUCCAAAUUUCCAAAGAGCACCAGCGUUGCGACGGCGAUGAUGAUGGCGAUCGCGAUGAAGCGUGCUGCUGCUACUGCUGCUCGUGCUAUUUCCACUGCUAAUUCCGGUUCGAUUCUCACCAGACACCUUCAUGCUUCUUCCGGCAAAAAGAAGAUUGUAGGUGUUUUCUACAAGGCACAUGAGUAUGCUGAGAUGAAUCCCAAUUUCGUGGGUUGUGCAGAAAAUGCAUUGGGCAUUCGCAACUGGUUGGAAUCACAAGGCCAUGAGUACAUAGUCACUGAUGAUAAAGAAGGACCAGAUUGUGAACUAGAAAAACAUAUCCCCGAUUUACAUGUCCUCAUUACCACCCCAUUCCAUCCAGCCUAUGUGACUGCUGAAAGGAUAAAAAAGGCAAAGAAUUUACAACUCUUGCUUACAGCUGGAAUUGGAUCUGAUCAUGUUGAUCUCAAGGCUGCUGCUGCUGCUGGAUUAACUGUUGCAGAAGUUACUGGAAGCAAUACUGUUUCUGUUGCAGAAGAUGAACUUAUGAGGAUCCUUAUUCUUGUUCGUAAUUUCUUACCUGGACACCAUCAGGUUAUCUCUGGUGAUUGGAAUGUUGCAGGUAUUGCUCACAGAGCUUAUGAUCUUGAAGGAAAAACAGUAGGAACAGUUGGUUGUGGGCGAAUUGGAAGGCUAUUACUUCAACGAUUGAAGCCUUUUGGGUGUAAUCUUCUUUACCAUGAUCGGAUUCAGAUGGAUUCGGAAUUGGAGAAUCAAAUUGGUGCAACAUUUGAGGAAGAUCUUGAUAAGAUGCUUCCUAAAUGUGACAUUAUUGUCAUCAACACCCCUUUAACAGAGAAAACAAAAGGAAUGUUUGAUAAAGAAAGGAUUGGUAAAUUGAAGAAGGGGGUUUUGAUUGUUAACAAUGCUCGAGGUGCUAUUAUGGAUACACAAGCUGUUGUUGAUGGGUGUAAUAGUGGACACAUUGGAGGGUAUAGUGGAGAUGUUUGGUAUCCUCAACCAGCUCCAAAGGAUCAUCCAUGGAGAUACAUGCCGAAUCAAGCAAUGACACCUCACAUUUCUGGAACCACCAUUGAUGCACAGUUGCGAUAUGCGGCUGGAGUGAAGGAUAUGCUGGAGAAUUAUUUCAAGGGAGAAGAGUUUCCACCCCAACAUUACAUUGUCAAGGAGGGUGAGCUGGCAAGCCAGUACAGGUGAUCUGUUCUGUAUUUGCCUCUUAAGUCUUAAUGGGUUGAGUUUACUGCUGAAUAAGUUGAGUUGAUCUCCUAAGCUGUUGUUUUAUCACCUUGUAAUAUAGUAAGGUGUAGUUAUGGACAACUGAAUGGAAAUGAAUUUGGAUCUCUUGAUUUUA